AACGACAGCGCCAUUAAAGUCCAGCCACAGCCACACGGAUGACGGAGGUUCGAGACCAGUUGUUUGAUACAAUUUUGACUCAAACAAUUUUGCAUGGACCGAACUUUUGAUUAUGAUUAAAUCCUUUGUCUAACGACGAGGCAACAUGAAACUUCAUUCAGCUCGAAAUUCCAAUUCCCAACAUCAGCAGGAGCAUUUGUGAAAUCCAUGUGCUUUUGCAAAAUAGUCACAAGUUUUGCGAUUUAUUCGUUUUGAAAUAAUAAAUUAUCGUAAUCUUAAUCUUAACACCAAUUUCUGCCGUCAUGGCUUUGUGCUUCCGGUGUGGAGAGAGCACGUCAGACUCUCCAGCUUUUCAGGACAUGGGGGGAAAUAUUUACUGCCGACUCUGCUUGAAGGAUAAGAUGGAGACCAAGGUCAACAAGCGAUUGAUGGAAGUUGCUGGACAUUCGAUAAACAGGGAAUUAUUUGAGGACCCAGUACCGGCUCUAUUAAUCUGGGAUGGAUCGAUGGCUUCCGCUGCACAUUUAUCAUUAUGUUUGGGAGCAAAGGGUGCUUCUGUUAAUCCUGCCCGAAAGCGGUUAUCAUUUCCAUUCAAAUACUUUGUGUUGUCGACAUCGGGCGAAAUUUAUCAUGUUGAUGAUGUCGCGGAUCUUCGUGCUACCUUGGAGGCCUGUAAAAAUGUGGACAGUAACGGUGAUAUUAGGAUGCGUACCUCACAACUCGAGCAAUUAAUAAAUCGCCAUGCUCCGAGAAGUGAAAAAGUAAAUUUGAAGCCGAUAUUGGAGGAUUUUAAGUCUGAGAGCUCCAAAGAAGAUUUUACUUCAAUUGCUGAAAUGAUAGCUACACAUUUCUGCGCCAAAACGAUGAGCGUGAAGAUACAACAUAUCUUAAUUCACGACACCAAGUCGUCCCUGAGCCGGAAAUUAUUCAAGAUGAUGUGCUUGGGGCGAGGCGGUCAAAUCUCUGAGGAAAUGGCCUUCACCUCAACGUGGAAUGAUUUUUUCAUCCAUCGUGUGAUCAUUGACUUUGAUGAUAAGGAACUCCAAAACUAUUUAACCACGUUUGAUGAAUACUCAGAUUUAUUGGAUCCGAAAGAUAAUAAUUUAAAUAGUGAAAAGAAAAUCGGCCCUCCGUCCCUUCAAAUUGAAGUCUCGAAUUUUAUCAACCAUUUGGAAGAAAUUCAUUGUGACACUGGCUCGGUUUUAACAAAGAUUGGUUUAAAACUGAAAGGAUCUUGUACCGUUGACAAUCUGCCACCACGGGAGACCUGUUUUCUUUGCAAGCGAAAUGUGGAGAAAGACCUGGACCCUUGUGAGAAGGGGUGGUGCUUUGGGUGCAACAAUCUUUUGCAAGACAUGAAAAAUCCACAGUUGCUGUUAAAUUUUGCCAGGAUGUCGGACGGUGGCGAAUUUCCAAAAACCUAACUUCUUUCUCACGAAUUCAAUCAUUCCAACGAUCUCGAGAAUUUGCUAAAAUAGUGGUAUAUGGAGAGAUCUACCGGCUCAUUUGCGCCCCCUCAUUUUCACCCCAGGUCCCCAGGUGAUUUGCACCACCUAAAAACUAGAACAAAGGGUUUCGGGUUUAUGAUAAGUAAUUUAUUUAUAUGUAAGUACUAAGUACUACAAAUCCUUCGGAGUUUGGGGUCAAGUCCCGUGAAUGCCCUGGAACUUAAAAUUUCAAAAAGUUUGCUGUGCAGCAUUAUAACAUGAGGACUACAGAAAAAAUUAAACAAAGUCUCGAAAAAAACGUUCACGGCCAAAAAAGCAAAGUGCAAUAAAGUUGCCAAAAAGCGUCUCGACAAAUGUCAUUAACAAUUAGCAUAAUUUGUGACGAGACAUAGGUCCAUUAAGUCGGAUUGAUGGCCAAGAAUGAAGAAACAUAAAUCCUUCGAAACAAAAACCGACAUGUCUGGUUCCUACGUACUUACAAUAGGCUUUAUAAAAAUCUUCUAACCAGGUCGAAAUACACAGGUCAUAGAGCGCGGGGAAAUGGAUAUUUACUUUCUCUCUGGGGGUUUUCACGUCAAGUUUAUAACUUACAUAACUACGUUAGGUUUGUAAAUUUACACACGUUUGAGACCUGAGUCGACUGCCUACAUAUUUAUACUUUCUUAUGUAACGGACAAUGUUUGCCGUUUUGCAAAAUUUUCCAAUCAUUUACAAGAUAUUUUUAUGCAAUAUCAACAUUUGUAUCCGUCCCAUAAAAAUAAAAUUAUGUACAUAUUGAUCAUGUAAAUACUUUAAUAUUAGUUAGAAAGCUAACAUGUCCUACGCAAGUUAUCAAAUUAUUUUGACAUGGAUAAUAAAUAUUGCGAUAUUAUA